AUGGACGAAGUGGACUCUCCUUUGAUCGAUAACGUCAAGUCGUUUGCCGCCGGCGGGUUCGGCGGGGUGUGUGCCGUGCUCACCGGCCACCCGUUCGACCUCGUCAAGGUGCGGUUGCAGACGGGGAUGUACAACCUGGCCAUCACCUGUGUUAAGGACACGGUGAAGAACGACGGUCUUUUAGGGCUUUACCGUGGUGUCAUGCCUCCUUUGCUUGGGGUCACUCCCAUGUUCGCGGUGUCGUUCUGGGGUUACGACUUGGGUAAGCGCGUGGUGUCGCUGGCUACCGGGAGACUGCCGGAGCAAUUCUCGAUUGCUGACACUUCCGCCGCUGGGUUCUUCUCGGCCAUCCCCACCACUGUCGUCGCCGCUCCCGUGGAACGGGUUAAGGUGGUGAUGCAAGUGCAAGACUCGAAGGACUCGCUGAUGUUGAAGACCCUUAAAGAAAUCUACAAGAAGGGCGGGAUCACCUCGGUGUACAAGGGGACGGUGGCGACGUUGUGCCGUGACGGUCCCGGUCUGGCGGUGUACUUUGCCACCUACGAGUACCUCAAGGAGAAGUUGCUGUCGAAGGACAGCGACUCGUUGUCGUUGGGAGCUAUCUGCACUGCCGGGGGGUUCGCCGGGGUGGCGAUGUGGUUGGUGGUGUUCCCCGUCGACACCAUCAAGUCGUUGCAACAGUCGCUGCCCAACAAGGUGCUGAUGGCGCAAGCGUACAAGCAGAUCAUGCUGACGAAGGGUGUUGCCGGGUUCUUCCCCGGUGUCGGCCCGGCGUUGGCGCGGUCGUUCCCGGCCAACGCCGCCACCUUCUUGGGGGUGGAACUCGCCCGCAAGUUCUUGGACUCGGUCAUCUAA